CACACACACACACACACAUAUACAUACUCACUACAGUGUAAUCGAGAAAAGAAGAAAACGAGAAAUUCGCUGGGAACGUAUGAUGUUCAUGAAUAUAGAGAGAACUGUUCAAUCAACGUGGAUCGAGAAACUGAGCUUUUUCAGGCAUAACUAUUACUUAAAGAAAUAUAAUUUUAUCUUCAGACGAUAUCCUUCUACGACCUCAAGAGGAUUCUUCUGAAAUCUGUCUCUAGUAUUUUCUGGAAAUGGAAUGCGUCGAUUUUCCUUUCAAUUUCGAGUGAAAAUAUUCACUCGACGAUCCAGAAUAGAGAAUUCACCAAAUAGAAAAAUCAUUUGAAUUCGUGUGACUUGGCACUCUACUUUUCGCGUGAAAUUUCACCCCAGGCAAUUUAAAGAGUGCAAGAAACAGCACCUUGCAACUGGAAUUAUUUUCCUCGAUUCUUAGCAAAUUAUUAUCUUUCGAAUUUAGAAGAUUCUCUUAAUUCUAAUCUCAAGGAAUAUCCACUGAGAAUAAGAUUAGAUUUCCUUAAAUAUAAAAUGUACUCGUUCAAGGCUUAUUUGAUUAACGUUUCGAAACUUAUAUAAAGUGAAAAGAUAAUCCUCUACUCACGUUCAUCCAAGUUAUCUUAUCGACAGAGUUGUAAGGGUUAACAGAGAGGUCAAAGUUUUCUGGGUACAUAUCAGUAAUUGUUACAUGGAAGUCUGCAGACCGCAAUAAGAUGUCGCAUUGAUGCUUUAGGUUUCAACACGCAAUCCUUACUUAUGAGUGUACCACGCUUGCCGCUUCAAAUUCUACACGAUUUCUUUUUUGUUGCGCGUUGCAUACAUAAUACAUACAAACAUAGAAAUUGUCCUUUACGUCAUUUAUACUCAUUAACAUACCUAUAAUUUAUUUUUCUUCCUAAUCGCGCAGUGGUCGCGAUAAAAAGCAAUGCAGUAUUAUCGCGGUGCAUUUAAAAGUUUAACUUUUAAAUAUAACGACUUAUGUUAGGACUGCGCGAUACGUUUUAUCUUAUCUCAUGCAUAAAAACCCCUUCACAUAAAUAAAUAUUGGACUCUUGGCCCCAAAAGCGCACUAAUAAUAUCAUUAAAUUAUAAAAUGAUAUUAAUAAGUGAAUAAUCCAAUCUCGACCGGAUGAGAAAAAGAGAACGAUAACGUUACUCCAGUCAUGCCAAGCAGAUAUGUAUUGUCAUGACAAUUUUCAUCUUAAACUCGCAUUAUCGUUUGCUCUACACGCGACUCGGACUCUACCCGGUGGCGUUAAUACUUGUCAUGUACGCGGUCACCAACGCAGCUCUUCAGAUACGCAGGCGUUUCGCGAACGUACGAAGAGGGACGCGCAGAUCGAGCUGCAGCGGGAACUCGAAAAACUGCAAGCUACCGCCACCGAGGACAAGAGGGAGAUAAUCGACCGACAGUUCGAUGGAUUCAAGCAUCUGUUCGAGCGAUUCUUGCAAGAGGAAGGCCCGUCCUUGGAAUGGGAUCGUAUUCAGAAGCUGCCCGAGGAUGCGGUCAAGGAUUACAAUUCCUUGCCAUCACCAGAGACACAAGAAGUUAAAGCUCUUUUGGAUAAAUUAGUUGUGGUUAAAUUAAAUGGCGGCCUCGGAACAAGUAUGGGAUGUCAUGGACCAAAAUCAGUUAUCGCGGUACGAAAUGGGCUUACCUUUUUGGAUCUCACAGUUCAACAAAUCGAGCAUUUGAAUAAAACCUACAAUGCCAAUGUGCCACUCAUAUUGAUGGAUUCAUUCAACACGGACGACGAUACCCAACGCAUAAUCAGGAAGUACAAAGGAAUCGAUAUAGACAUUCAUACUUUUAAUCAAAGCUGCUAUCCGCGCAUAAAUAGGGAUUCUUUGCUCCCGAUUGCCAAGCACUUUCAAAUCGACGAAGAUAUAGAAGCCUGGUACCCACCCGGUCACGGAGAUUUCUAUGAAAGUUUCCAAAAUUCUGGCUUAUUGAAGAAAUUCAUUCGAGAGGGUCGUGAAUAUUGUUUCAUUUCGAAUAUUGACAAUCUUGGUGCCACAGUAGAUAUUAAAAUUUUGAAACUAUUGUUGAGUAAAGGAUCAGAGCCACCCAUGGAAUUUGUUAUGGAAGUAACCGACAAGACGCGCGCGGAUGUCAAGGGUGGUACGCUUAUAAAAUACGAGGAUAAACUUCGUCUCCUUGAAAUUGCUCAAGUUCCUAAGGAUCACGUCGACGACUUCAAGUCCGUUAAAACUUUUAAAUUUUUCAACACUAACAACUUGUGGGUCAAACUCGGUGCCAUUGAGAGAGUACUUGACAAGAACGCGUUGAAUAUGGAAAUAAUUGUAAACAACAAGACUUUCUCGAACGGUCUGAAUAUAAUACAACUUGAAACAGCUGUAGGGGCCGCUAUGAAAUCAUUCGAAGGAAGUAUCGGUAUUAAUGUGCCACGUAGUAGAUUUCUGCCAGUGAAAAAGACUUCUGAUUUGAUGCUUGUGAUGAGUAAUCUGUAUACUCUGCGUAACGGAUCACUCAUUAUGAGUCCUCAAAGAAUGUUCCCCACAACACCUCUUAUUAAAUUAGGGGACAAUCAUUUUUCUAAAGUUAAAGAAUUUUUAACUAGAUUCCCGACAAUACCAGACCUUCUUGAAUUGGAUCACUUGACAGUGUCGGGCGAUGUUACUUUUGGAAAAGGGGUGACAUUGAAAGGUACAGUCAUCAUAAUUGCCAAUCACGGGGAACGUAUAGACCUGCCCUCCGGAACCGUCUUGGAAAAUAAGAUUGUAUCCGGCAAUCUACGUAUAUUAGAUCAUUAA